CUGAGAGUAGAAACUUCCCAGACACAACUUGGGUCCUUUUCUUUGUGGUGUUGCUAUCCCACGUAUACUGUGAACCACAGACCGCAGCGCUAAACCUUACGAACAGAUGCUCAGAUGGACAUUAAAUUGCAUCGCAUUUUGUACCCUGAAGCCAUGAAGUGAUGUAAACCUUGUUUGAGAUUUAAGUAACAAGGGCAUGGCUCCUUCUUUGACACCCAUACUCCAAUAGCACUGUAGACAUUGGCUGUUAUUAACGAUGUGUUGGACUCUAAGUUGAAUGCCUGCCUGUUCGAUUUAGUGUCACAGGGGACAUGAGGGCCAAGUGCUGAGGAAACUCUAGAGCAACAUCGGAAUGCAUGGUGAAGCAUCAGAUGGCGAAGGAGGAGGAAGAGACACGGAAGUGAUGCAGCAGGAGACAGUUCCAAUUCCUGCAUCUUCAAAGAAAACCAAACAGCCUAAAGAAUGUUUUUUGAUACAACCAAAGGAAAGAAAAGACAAUACCACCAAGACCAGGAAGAGGAGAAAGAAGAAAAUCACUGAUGUUCUUGCAAAAUCAGAACCAAAGCCAGGGGUACCUGAAGACCUACAGAAGCUGAUGAAGGACUAUUAUAGCAGCAGUCGCUCAGUGAUUGAAUUGGAAGAACUGAACCUACCAGACUCCUGUUUCCUCAAGGCCAAUGAUUUGACUCACAGUCUUUCCUCAUACCUAAAAGAAAUUUGUCCUAAGUGGGUAAAACUUAGGAGAAACCACACUGAAAAAAAAUCGGUCCUGAUGCUGAUCAUCUGCAGCUCGGCCAUCCGAGCCCUGGAACUCAUUAGGUCAAUGACAGCAUUCAGAGGAGACAGCAAAGUUAUAAAAUUAUUUGCAAAGCACAUAAAGGUCCAGGAGCAGGUAGAGUUGCUGGAGAAGCGUGUGGUACACCUGGGUGUAGGAACUCCAGGGAGAAUUAAAGAGCUUGUUAAACAAGGUGGCCUUAAUUUGAACCCCUUAAAAUUUCUGGUUUUUGACUGGAACUGGAGAGAUCAGAAAUUGAGGAGAAUGAUGGACAUUCCCGAGAUAAGAAAGGAGGUAUUCGAACUUCUGGAAAUGGGAGUGCUCAGUCUGUGCAAGUCAGAAUCUUUGAAACUGGGCCUUUUUUAAGUCUGGAUCCUAAUGAAGAUCCCAGUUUCCACAGUAGAAGUUGCAUCUUAUUUAAUGACUCUGAUACAUUGCGAGAACCCAAUAAAUAGCAGCAAAUAGUUUAUGUUAAGUGUGUCAGCAGAUGGAUCACUGGAAUGAGGGGAUUUCUGAAACAGAAAUGAAUCUGUCCUUUAGACAACUCUCUUAUAUAAUAAAAUAUCACUGGCUUGUGUGUGA